GCGGCUCCGCCACCGCGUCGGCUGGGCAGGAGGUCUGCCUUUCUCUGCGGGGAAGCUGCAGCCUGCGCGGGCAGCGUUAGCCUGGCGGCUUCCUGCAGACAUUGUGGCGGACGAGGGCGGCAGACGCAGGAUCCCCGGCUGCUGCUGGGGAGGGCGGUACCAAGUCCCGGGCCGACAUAUCAGCUUUCAGCUGCGCGCUGUGCCGCGUUCAGCCGGACGCGCAGAACCUCCCGGUCCGAAGCCGGACCCGCUUCCACAUCUACGGGCUUCACUGGCCCGCGCCAAGAUGAAAGAGGCCCUCUCUGAGAUAAUCCAGCUGGCUACGGUGGAUUCAGAGCCCUGGGUGCUGAUGGUUGCAGACAUCCUCAAGUCCUUCCCAGAGACCGGAUCCCUCAACCUGGACUUGGAGGAGCAGAAUCCCAACGUGCAGGAUAUUCUUGGUGAACUCCGGGAGAAAGUGGGCGAGUGCGAGGCGUCGGCCAUGCUUCCUCUGGAGUGCCAGUACCUGAACAAGAGCGCGCUGACCACUCUGGUGGGACCCAUCACACCCCCCGUCAAACAUUUCCAGCUCAAGAGGAAGCCCAAGAGUGCCACGCUGAGAGCGGAGCUGCUUCAGAAAUCGACAGAAACAGCCCAGCAGCUCAAGAAGACCGCCGGAGUGCCUUUUCACGCCAAAGGGAGAGGACUGGUCAAAAAGAUCGACACUACGACUCCUCUCAAAGGGAUUCCCAAGGCGCCGUUUCGCAGCCCCACAGCCCCCAGUUUGUUCAGCCCCCCCAGUAACCGCACGCCCAUCGCUCCCCCGCGCACCCCGCUACGGAAGGAGAGAGGGGUCAAGCUUUUAGAUAUUUCAGAGUUGGACAUGGUUGGCGGUGGAAGAGAGUCUAAGAGGAGAAGAAAGACAGUGGGUGAACCAGAGCCCGGAGAAAAAGCACCCAAAGAAGAGUCUGUGGUGGAGAACACCACACCAGAUUAUGCUGCUGGCCUCGUCUCUGCACAGAAACUCGGGGCGCUAAACGAGAACCCCCUGCCUUCCACCAGCUACCUACCAGCCACGCCCAGCAUGGUUCCCUCCUCCUCUUACAUUCCCAGCUCCGAGGCACAGCCAGCCAACGCAGGCGGUUCUGGACGGGACACGCUGCAGGCAGCUCGCCAGCCAGAGGAGUCCCCCGCGGCGGCCGCCGGCGCCGGCUCCACCUUACCCAACCAGUACAAGCAGAGGACGCCCAUGUACAACGCCAGCUCCACCGCUAACCCCGCCACCCCCACCUCCCCCAGCACGCCGACCUCCACGCCCGCCAACAACGGGCCCCCCGCCGCUGCCACGGCGAGCCAACCGGAGACCCCCACCCAGCCUCCCAGCACCCCCCAGACCCCCACGCCCACGCCGGCACCAACGCCAGCACAACCCCAGCCCAAAAAGAACCUCUCACUCACGAGAGACCAGAUGUACGCUGCGCAGGAGAUGUUCAAGACCGCCAAUAAGGUCACCAGGCCGGAGAAGGCGCUCAUUCUGGGUUUCAUGGCCGGAUCCAGAGAGAACCCGUGUCCAGAACAGGGGGACAUCAUCCAGAUCAAGCUGAGCGAGCACACCGAGGUGCUGCCCAAAGCCGACGGCACCGGCAGCACGACCAUGCUGGUCGACACGGUCUUCGAAAUGAACUAUUCAACGGGACAGUGGACCCGGCUCAAGAAAUACAAACCCAUCACCAACACUUCCUGAAGGGGACCUAACGGGCUCAGAAGCCGCACCCUAAACUUGACAUUCACACGUCAGAAACAUGUUUGUUACGUACACGUUUGGGCCAAAUCGAACUCUUAACAGGUUGUCAAGGAGAGAAAGAUCCUCCCUUUCACCGCACGGCCAAAAUGGAGAGCUUCCUUUUUUUUUCUUUUUUCUUCUUCUUCCCCCUCUUGCCCUUUUAUUGUCCGUUUUUAAGUCUGCUCCAGCUAUUGGACGAGGCUGUUUGAGGAGGGCGGUGAAGGAGCCAAUGGCCGGCUCCGUUAUGGCAGGGAGCUUUCCGCCAGAAGCUGUCUGGGUUCUGUAUACAAAUCAUUUUUCAGCUUCUAUCCUUCCUGAUGGAACAAUGUUUUUCACUAAAUGAAGAGAUCGUCACCAUUAGGGUUGACAUAUAUAUAUAAAAAGAAAGAAACAUGCUUCUCAAUACGGUUUCGUUGUGUCUGGAGCCGUCUGGUUGAUGUUCAUUAGUUUUCAGCCUUUUUCCAAGCGAAGGGAGGAAAAUAAAGUGACAACAGACUCCCAACGAGAGCAUCUUUCAUCGUUGACUACGCCUCAAAUCAACAAAGUUGUAACAUUUGGUUUGCCUCAUGUUGCUCUGACCAGAGUCGCUGAGCAGCACCGUGGCUCUCAGACGCGUUAAAAUGCCGGGUUUUUGGGACGUAGAUCAAUCAUUUCAAAGCUUUUUCCACACAAGACGUUUUUCCUGUACAGUUAAACAAAAAAAA